CCAUAUUGUUGUGAAAAGUAAGAAGUGGUUCGGUCACAUACUCAUUUCUUUCUCUGACUCUGAAGUCUGACCCAUUGCUUUGCUUUGCUUUGCUUCUCCUUUUUGUAAACUGAAGCAAAGGCUUUGUGUUGUGUUGUGUUGUGUGAGUUAUUGUAAUGUUGCGAGUGAAGGGAGGGAAAAGACCACCUUGGGUGGGACUUGGAGCUGCGGUGUGGGUUCAGAUUGCAUCAGGAAAUGGUUACACUUUCCCUCUCUAUUCUCACUCCUUGAAAUCCGUUUUGGGUUUCAACCAGAGCCAGAUCACCCUCCUUGGUGUUGCCAAUGAUAUUGGUGAGAAUGUUGGCAUUCUCCCUGGUCUCGCAUGCAACAAGCUCCCUCCUUGGCUCAUUCUUUUCAUCGGUGCUCUCUUUUCUUUCCUUGGUUUUGGUCUUCUCUGGCUUGCCAUCAGUAAAACACUUGAUUCCCUUCCUUUCUUCUUGCUAUGGUUUGCACUUGCUGUUGCUACCAACAGUUGUGCAUGGUUAUCUACUGGUAUCCUUGUCACCAACAUGAGAAAUUUCCCUGUCAGCAGAGGCACAGUUGCAGGGAUACUGAAAGGUUAUGCGGGUCUCAGUGCUGCAGUUUUUACUCAAAUUUAUAGCGUAGUUUUUCAUAAUUCUUCAUCCAAGUUCCUGUUGUUUCUUGCCAUUGGUAUUCCUGCUUUUUGUUUCAGCACCAUGUUUUUUGUCCGGCCCUGUACUCCUGCUUCUGGUGAAGAUUCUGCUGAAAAGGGGCAUUUUCUUUUCAUCCAAGGUGCUAGUGUUGCCUUGGGUUUGUACAUACUUGCAACAACAAUACUUGACAACUUUCUCCGCAUGAGUGAUACUGUGUCGUAUGUUUUGUUGGCCGUGAUGAUUCUCCUUCUCUUGGCUCCACUUGCUAUCCCUAUAAAGAUGACACUGUGUCCCAGAAAAGAAUCUGCAUCAGAAGCUCCAGAGCAACAUAUUGGAUCUUCAGACUUUCUGACUCAAGAUGGCAAAGAUAAGAUAGAGCCCUUGCUAUCUUCUUCAUCAGCUAGUGGUCUUGGAAGUUUCAUUGAUGCUGAUGGUUCAGCUGAGGUGGCUAUGCUUCUUGCUGAGGGUGAGGGAGCAGUGAGGAAGAAGAGAAGGCCUAAAAGAGGGGAGGAUUUUAAGUUUACUGAGGCUCUAGUAAAGGCUGAUUUCUGGCUACUGUUUUUUGUUUACUUUGUUGGUGUUGGAACUGGGGUUACUGUUCUUAACAAUCUGGCUCAGAUAGGCAUUGCACAAGGUGUGGAAGAUACAACUAUCUUGCUCUCACUUUUCAGCUUUUUCAAUUUUGUGGGCCGGCUUGGCGGAGGAGUUGUUUCAGAACAUUUUGUCAGGACAAAAACGAUUCCAAGGACAGUUUGGAUGACAUGCACGCAGAUAAUUAUGAUCUUCUUGUACCUUCUGUUUGCCUAUGCUAUCAAUGGAACCCUUUAUCCUGCAAUAGCAAUUCUUGGUAUCUGCUAUGGCGUGCAAUUUUCCAUAGUGAUUCCCACUGUUUCGGAGCUUUUUGGUUUGAAACACUUUGGUUUACUGAUCAACUUCAUGUCUUUGGGGAAUCCACUCGCUGCAUUUCUUUUCUCAGCUCUUCUAGCUGGACGCAUAUAUGACAAUGAGGCGGCAAAGCAGCAUGGUGUAGGCCUCAUUGCUUCAAGUUUUGCAUGCAUGGGUCCAAAUUGUUUCAAGCUCACUUUUUUGACUCUGGCUGGUGUGUGUGUUGCGGGUACCAUCUUCAGCAUUAUCUUGACCAUAAGAAUUAAGCCCGUUUACCAAAUGCUUUAUUCCGGGGGUUCUUUUAAGCUACCUCAAACUUCAGGUCACUAAAAAGUGAAGUUGAAGAACAAAUAAAGCAGAUCACUCCUUAGUUCCUUUUUUAGACAAACAUGUUUUAGGUGCUGUUUCCUGGUCUGCCAUUAUAUGCUACAUGGCAGAUCAACAAUCUAUUAGGCCAAGAAAUGUUGGUUUCACACGUGUGACCCUUUUGUUUUAGUUUGUAUAAUUAAGUUCAGAAUUUUCGUAUUUUACUUGUAGAAUGCUUGUUUUAGCAUGCAUGUUUAGUUGGGAUAUGGUGCUGACCACUAAGAAGUGAUAAAGGUAAAGGAUCUGAUAUGUGAUCUUUAUAUACAUGGUUGUAUGGGAAUUAAUCCAUUAGAUGCUUGGAACGAUCUCAUAUUUCAAUAUGUGUGAUGAUAAUUAUACAAUUAAUGAGCCUCGUAUGUGUGUGUAUUAGCUAUUUUAAAUGUGAGAUUUUAGUUUUAAUUUGCUGAGUCCUGACAGUGAUCUUUGGAUUAUGUUAACACUUUGGACUUUAGUCUCAAUUCCUUUGAAUGCAGUGUACCUCCCACCGCCCAGAUUAAUUACUAUACGAAGAAACAUCAAGUAACCUCAACUUUUAUGUUUGUAUUUAUCACAAUAAAAACUUUUUUAUUGCACGUCCUACUCAUUGAACGAACUUUUUAUUUCACCAAGUAGACAAAUACAUCGUUAUAAUAUAAAUAAACUUAAUAGUUCAUUCAUCGACAUCUGGGACUGUUAAGAGAAAAGUUAAUAAAAUAUACUAAUGUAUAAACAAGUGGUUGGAGAACCAUAGAGAAUGAAUACAAGAAAAGCGUUGCUGCAAAACACGACAUUUUCAUAUGAUAAUUGCUAGAUGUUACGUUAUAUAAUCUAUAAAAUAAGUAUAAAAAAAAAAAAAAAAAAAAAAAAAAAAA